AGUCCGGUGGUACGGGAGAAAGCACAUUGAUUCUGAAAAUAAAUUGUCUAAAAUUUCCCUAAACUUACCACCUCAUUUACCAUCCAUCAGCUUAGAAAAGCAAGAAUCGAUUCACAUGGUAGUAAAUGGCGCCACUGCGGCGCCCUGUGCCUAGCCUAGGGGGCGCCCAGAAGGAAGGCGUCUUCGUUCGAUAUUAACGAAACCCGAAGAUGUCGGUGCAGCCGAAUGCCUCGUCAUCCUCCUCUGCGGAGGCAGGAAAGCAGGCGCUCGCUCUGCUAAAGAAGGCGCAGACACCACAGGAUUAUCAGGUUCUCCGAAUUUGCUAUGCUUGCCCAGUGAUACUUCGGAUCUAGUAAGCACGUGAAAUUAAUGUUGUCGAGCCACUAUUUCUCCUAGGACGGCAGUUGGCCGAUAGUACCCAUUCCUCGUUACUGUUCUUGAUCCAUCAAGUUCAAGUUUUCAGCGAAGCAGGUAUGCGCAAAUCUGUUGACCGACGCGAUAGCUGGAAAUGCGAGCAAAUCUGGACAUUUUUUUGCGCGAGCAAAAUGUUUUCUUGCGUUGCACCAGUACCAGCGUGCGCUCUUCGACUUUUCAAUGGCCAUACGCCUGGAUACAUCUCUAGGCGGGAGCAGUACUAGUUUUGUUGUUCAUGAUUAUUGUUCUUGGCGAAUGCUUGUGCUAUUGCUAAAAACUAAAAGUUGAAAUCGAGAAUCACAUCGUCGAGGAGAAGAUAAUUGUGCUCCUCCUAGUAUUCCUAAUCCGCCCAAUCAAAACGCCAAUACCGCUGAACUGCCAAAUCUUUAUCGUCUUCCACCCACAACAGAUGUGGCAAAGCAUAUAGGCUAUCGAGGAUACUGUUAUCGAUCACUGGGGCGAUUACAGGAGGCAUUGAAGGACUACAACGAAGCGAUAAGAAUAGGGCAAGGCGAAAACGCCCAGUAUUACUACGAAAGAGCGCUGGUAGCAAAGUCAAAGUUUAACAGUAAAUUAUAGACUACGAUAAAAGAGCACUGGUGGUAGCAAGAACGUUAAUAUUUCGACUUCAUUGCUCGCAGCUGCUUUCGCUUUUACUGAAUCAGUGAUGAUUCAGAGUGCCGCUGCAUAGUACCGCGAUUCAUUGUCUUUGACAUGAAGUCUCCUCUUUUGAUUUACAAACGGGUUUUAUUUCGAUUGUCUUUGACAUGAAGUCUCCUCUUUUGAUUUACAAACGGGUUUUAUUUCGAUUGUGGUCUUUGACAUGAAGUCUCCUCUUUUGUCAGGUCUAUUACGACUUGGAGGAAUACGAGAAUUGUAUUAACGAUUUCACGCUUGCGCUCGAAAAAAAGCUGAACCCUCAGCAGAGUUACAACAGUCACUUCUACUUAUGGCACCAGGAGUUGUAGCGAGGAGUAGAAGGAAUUGUCUAGCGGGUAGAAGUCGCCAGGGAAAUAUAAUUAGGCAGAUUGCCGAGUAGAUUCGAAUCAUCACGCGAAGGAAUUGCCUACUUACAUUAUUGGGGUCGUUGUGACGAACUUUAACUAGAUAAUAAGCCUUGGAUUCUAGUAAUCUCUCUACUCUUAGAUACUCCUAAUCUCCAGAGGAAUUGCGCACAGGAAAAUAAACGAGUUGGAACGAUCGGUGGAAUCAUUGAAGGGAUGCCUCGAGAUCGAUGCGGCCAAGUGCGAUGGGCACAACCAUUUGGGCCUUUCAUACGCGCAGAUGGGAAACUAUGAAGCAGCAAAAAGCUCGUUCUUUAUGGGGCAUUAGAGCAUUAGAAAUCUCUUCUCGUUGUCGUUGUCUUUGGGUAACUUUAGAACUACGACUAGUACUACUGCCCGCUUUCCCGGCAUACUUCUAGUACGACAAGGACGACCACAAUCAAUACCGCCCUGCUUCCUCCUUCAUAGCAGCAGACGCACUAAAGGCGCACCAAGACAUACUCAAACAGUCAGGGCAGGAUGAAGCCGAAGCUGGGGAAGGAGACGGAGCCGAUCCAAAUAACGUCACCAGUUCAAAGUUUUUGAACAACAGGUAUGGAAGAUAAAUCUGGGACAGUAAUAUUAAUUUCUGCUGAUGUUGUUGAAGAUGAACAAUUUUCACGUCACUUCUGUUCUUCAUCAAGCAGACGAUAAUCCUAAGAACUCACACCAACUACUACUACAGGGGUCUUGCGUGCUACCAUUUGAGCCAGUACCAGGAGGCAGCAGAGGAUUUCACAAUGGCCAUAAAACACUACGGCAAGGACGCGGGUGUCUUCUUCAAUAGAGGUACUGUAGUCUGAUUUUUGGAUCAACUUCAUGAUCUUGAAGAAAUCAUGUAUCUGAAUCUCAGGAGUACAAUUAUCUUCUUUCUAGGACGUCUUCUUCACAGGUUCAUGCCAAUCUUCUGCUUCAACAUGUUGAAACUUUCUUCGCCACAACAACAAUUUUCGAUGAAAUUUUCACCACGAGGUAAUGCCUAUUAUUCGAUGAAACAUUAUGAAAAGGCCUUAGAGGAUUACGAAACAGCAAUAACGUAUGACGAGGACAACGCAGUGUACUAUCACCAUCAAGCGCUGGCAUUUCAGGGUCUACACUCUAUUCAGCAGGCUAUCGAUGCCUAUUUGCAGGUACUUCGUCAUUCCUCUUCCUGGGCUGGACUGGCUUUUAGUUUUAGAUCAAUUGUAUCGACGCUCACCCUACUAGUGGUUCUGACUACUUAAGCAAAAGAUUGAGGAUAGAAGUUACUAAGAAGUCUAACAACUCAUCACGCCCGUUGACAACAACAGGCCAUCGACCUGGAUCCUACGCAUUACCCAUCCAAAUUCCAUCUGGGUAUCAUGUACCAUGUGGAUGGGUCCUACUCUAAGGCGUUGGAGGUCUUUAGUGGCGACAUCCCGCACGAUCAAGCGUUGUAUGUUAUGGCUGGCCCUCUUCACCUUCGACAUCUGUUUUUUCGGCUCAUGUUACUACUAGUAGUACAAGAACUUCUAACUACUUACUACUACUAGGGGACGAGAGUGUAAUUGGGUUAUUUGAGCAGGUCGUGCAUGAAAUCGUUAAAAAUAGGUAAGAUCUAGUUAGUAUUGAAAGUAAUUUCUUUGUCACGUGCUCUAGCUUCUUCUAACCUUGAAAGGCGUGGAUUGGUUUUCCGGGAUAUGGGCAAAUACGACUUGGCUCUUUCGGACUUCACGUCUGCCAUAGAACUGGAGGAGCAUGGACGCUAUUACUACCACAGAGGCGUUGUGUACUACUUAGUUCCUUGUCGUUUUUAUUAGGCUGUGUCGACACUGAUGUUGUAGUAUUGAUAUUACUGGAUUUUUACCUCGAAGACUAAAUCAAAACAUACAAAUGAAUAAUUAUUACAAUGUCAUGCACUUGUACUGCUUAAUAACCCAACAUGAAGGCCACUUCCACUUUCACACUACAUCAACAGGCAUCUUCGAAUGUUGCAAGAGACAGAGGCUAUCAACGACUUCAACUUAGCUCUGCAACUUGGCGGAAAGUUAUGACAACUCAAGGAUCUUUACCUUCUGAUGUCUAGGUCAACUUCGACUCCGUCUUAUAUAUAAGAAGUUAGGUUCUUAGCAAGAAUAAGUAAGCUAAUUCUAAUCUUCGGCCCAAGCUUCUUGAAUUGCUGUGUCUACAACGACCGUGGUCUGGCCUACCGUGCCCUUGGUAAUUUGAGUCGAGCAAUAGCGGACCUAACGUUCGCCCUACAAGAACAAGAAGCCCUUUUUGCUAGCACUGAGGUGGACAAAACUCAGGUGAACGAGCUUGACUUCGCGCUACCGACAAAUCUUGUCACAACCGAAUACUACGCCAACCGCGCACAAUGCUUCGUGGAGCAAGGUGAUUAAUUUUAAUUGUUCCGAUACGAAUCUUUCGAGUAGGACUUCUAGAUUUAGAUGAAGAUAGGGAAACGGAAACUUUUGAAUACGAGUAGAAUACAUAGGGCAAGAGAAGCCAGUGAAAGUUAUAUAUUGUGUUCGAAUCUCCUGCUUCUACGUCGAGGACUAAAAUACAUCUCCCUCUCCAACUUUUUUCAAGAACAGGUCUAGCCUUUAAAUCAAACCAAAUACAUCUUCCUCUUGCUACUCACUUGUUUCAACAGUAGUUAUUUAACUUUUUCUCAAAACCACUAACCUCCACGACUUUUUCUCAUCAAAACUUGUUUCAACGAACAGGUCUAUACGCUCGUGCCGAGCAGGAUCUGACGAAAGCUCUCCAGGUGGACCCAAAGGAUCCACAGCUGCUGUACAAGCGUGGUAUUGCGAGAUAUGCCCAGGACUUCUUCCAGCUCGCCAUCGACGACCUCACUGCCUCGCUGGAACAAGGCGCCUACCCACAAAACCUCCAUGGCAUCUACUAUCAUCUCGGUGUCUCAUUUGCCAACCUGGGAAAGCACUUGUUCGCCGUGCCAGCCUUGGACGAGGUACUACUUACUACUUGGUGCGAUGUCCUCUGAGUCUUCUUCCUGUCCUUCUCUAUUUAUUUUUAUCCUUAUAAUAUAUAAAUAAAUUUACUUGUUCUUCUAUCAAUCGCGGAGAACUACUACAACUGCUUGUUUUAUGUUCCUCCAUUUUCCCAUUGCAUUUCCUGUUCCAUCUUUUCUUCGCAUCGUCAUCAUCAUCGCCACUAUCUUCUCGCUCUGUUUUCCCAUUGCGUUUCCUGUUCCAUCUUUUCUUCACAUCGUCAUCAUCAUCAUCAUCAUCAUCAUCAUCAUCAUUACCGUCUUGUUCUGUUUUCCCAUUGCAUUUCCUGUUCCAUCUUUUCUUCGCAUCGUCAUCAUCAUCACCACCAUCUUCUUCGCUCAGGCCAUCAAGCGUGUGAAGAUGGAAGAUUAUCCUCACUACGUCCACGAGCGUGCCAAGUCAGAACAAGUGAUUGGGGAACACGAGAAGGCACUCCGCGAUUUCUCGAAAGUGCUGGAAGCGCAGCCAAACAACGCGCGUGCUUAUUUUCGACGGUACUUCUACUUGAACUUGGUCGUGUUGGAGCUAUUCUUCUUGAUCGCUUAAGUAGGUUUCUGGGGACUAUGGGUCUAUGUAAUAGAACAUGUUGAUCAAGAAAAACGGAAAAACGAGACUUCAGAAGUACCUGAACGAAAAUCUGUACGUUCCUAUUCUUUCACCAAUGCGAUACAGGGGCUUCUCGUUCAAGGCUUUGCGUUUUUACGAGGAAGCUGCUGAAGACUUUGAGGCUGCGAAGGAGUGCGAACCUCAAGACACGCGCUUCGUCGUCAACUAUCGAAAGCUACACAACGUGCAAGCUAUCAACUUGGGACCGGCAGGGCACGAGGAUCCGAAGCCGAAAUACUAGGAGAUGAGAUCCGUCUACUACGUUUCAACGGAGACCAGCCAAUUGCUCACUCGCGUCUGCUGAUUCUCGUUUGAUCUGUGUGGUUGAGGUUUUCUUUGUAUCUUAUAAAACCAAAAGAUCAACAAGAUCUUGCACUACUAGAUCUAGUUCUACAUCGUUUUUAGAGUUAAUAUAUAUAUACACUGAGCAACGUCGUUUUAAGUUACUUUUUUGUUACGCUGAUUUGCCUAGAGUCACAAUACUAGAUAACCAUAUCGCUUGGAAUGGUUUAUUUGAAAAGUUGAAUCGCAGAACAAGCCCUUGUGCGGCGAUGAGCCCACGGGUAGAUGAAAUUAAUUUUGCCGGGCCUGGUGCUCGGCGUUGCGCUACUUUCUUAGAGCUGCUGUUGUAGUUUGCAGGCCUUGUGGUCUUUAUCAUUUCUUCCGACCACCUCUGUUUCGCAUGUUACCUUCGUGCUGUUUCGCAAUCAUGCAAGCGCAACUUCUCUUAAUUGAGAAUAUCACUUACACUUUGUACAGAAAAGUUUUGGAAAUACUUAGAUGAAUGCCUCAGUCACCUUGGAGAUGGAGACCGAGCUUAUAGUGAGUGUGAGGUCCGUUCGUUGUACCCUUGUCCUUCUAGUGGGGCUUUUCGUCGUGCGCGGUGAGUCUAUUUUGUAGGUGAGCAUAAGAAUGUACGUUGUUUCUUUAUUCCUUGGUUGUCUCGUCGUGCUAGUGCUAACUACGGUAAAUACUAGGUGGAUAUACUACGUUGUUGGAAAAAUAACGAUGUGCUAUAUUAUCUUGGUCCGAUUUAGAUUUUUCUAAUAUUGUCUUCGUCAGCUAAGAAAUAAGAAUGUACCAUGGAGGAAUUGAUACUGUUUUUGAUGUUUGUUGCUACUAGUUCCAAGUACUCCUACGACUGCCCUGGUCUAAACCGGUGGAAGGGAGGUGUUCCACCUACCCCAUACUUCAUACAAUCAUGCCCGGGCGCGGCAUCCCCAGCCUGUAGAAUUGCCACAGACAAAAGGAGCACGAAUAGUUGUACAGACAAAAGGGAUACUCUUACUCAUCAAUGAAUGAAGUCGUGCCCUGCCAUUUCUUUGGCUUGAGCUUAAAGACUUCAGCUAACGUCAGUGAGGGUGUUACUUCUUUGCGCCCAC